GAGAUGACACAUCACGCACUCAUUGCCAGCAUCCGGAUCAUUAGACACUUCCACCUCCCCCGACCCGCCGUGCAGCAGAAUGCCAACUAUGCGGUCAAAGACCUGGACAACGCAUACCGACGAAACGACCCACGCAUACAAGCACUCCAACAGCAAAUUCAAAGGCGACUACUGGAUGCGGCAACACCCACCGCUGAGACACUGAAUCACAUGCUAAUUCAGGAGGUGACAAACAUCUUUCCCACACAGUCCCGUGGGAAACAAGGUCGAGGCAGAUCUACGGCAGUGCUCCGCGUGUUUUUCCUUGCUUGGCGAGAACAACUUACACUGCCAGAUGGGGAAGGUGGAUCCGUCACGUCCCUACCCACCCAGGUGUAUCACAUGUGGCAACGUCGCAGGGACUUACUCAAGAGUAGACUGUAUGACGCCUCGGGUAUAAUCCGGACAUGGAAGUGGAUAGUUUUGUACCUCAAGGCGGGCCGACAAAGUAAGCAGUUUCAUGCCCAAAAUCAACGAGCCCUUACUCUUGGUAACCUGCAGCUCGCUGAAAAGGCAGCACAGCACCACAACACCAAACGUCUCUUCGGCAUAGUCAAGCGCAUGAUACCCUGGAAGCCCAAGCCUCGCAUCAUGCUGCGGCACCCGGACGGCACCCCCAUGUCACUCCUGCAAGAGCACAAAGCCCUGGUUCAGCACUGCACACAGCUCUUUGCCCCUGAUGCUGAGCCACCACGCAGACCUGGCACCCGACUGACGCUACCGCUCACGGAAGCAGAAUGGCGUGUACAGCUACAGCGCACCCCAAUAGGAAAGGCCGUGCCAGCGGACCACAGCGUGGAAG